AUGUCGAAAUCCCGUGAGCCCGAGAAGCCCGUCUCCUCUGAAACCACUUCUGACGACGAUUACUCGUCCGAGGAAAUCGAAUCUGAGCCAGAACCGAUCCUAAAGUCUUCCGCACCGCCGGCCGCCGCCAGGAAACGCGAAACCCCUUCCACCACACAGCCCGCCGCACCCGACGAGGAUUCUGGAUCCGAAACCGAUUCAGAAUUCGAAUCCGAAUCCGAAUCCCGCAAGAAGUCCAGAAAAAAAUCCAAAGCGGCCGCCGCCGACUCCGCCUCCGCUUCCCUGGCCAGAUCUACAAGAAAGAGGGCCGUGGAGGAGGUUAAGGGGACGGAGCCCACUGUCACCAAGAAGUCGAAGACCAGCAAGAAGGCUGAAGCCGAGGCUUCUCAAUCUGAGAAGAAACAAUUGUUCCAGAGGAUAUGGGGCGAGGGCGACGAAAUAGCCGUCCUGAACGGAAUUAUGCAGUUUAGGGCCGAGAAGAAAUCCGAACCGAAUGAUAAUUGGGACUCGUUUCACGAUUUCAUCAAGGAAAUUGCAAUGGGAUGGACACCAACAAUAUUGAGGAUUCACGGGCUAGUGAGAAUCCAGUCGAAGAAGGGGAAAUGA